AUGUCAGAUUUUCUCGCACAAUUGUAUGCGGCGCCAUCUCGCGGCCAUGGGGCUGCCGAUACAACCGACAACGACUAUGACCGUCAGCUUCGGGAUCUGCUUGCAUAUCUCAAGCGGCCUGGCCUCGUUCCAAGCACAGCGGACGUCAAUGAGCUCCUGGAAGCCGUUAACCCUGCCAUACAUAGCUUAUCAUUCCUAUUCCUGCUCCGGUUUCAAAUACACCAUAUCCAGAAAAGAACGAACCGUGAUAUCCCGGAUGAUCUGCUACCCGGUUACAAUCUAUGGAAACACGCAGUUAGGCUUUUGCGUUUAUUUGACCCCAUUCAGAUUCGAUAUGCUGGUCAUGAAUGGCGCCGACUAGUUGAGCUCAUCGCAAGUGCUGCUCAAUCUGUUUCAAACCCAGUUUUAGCUGUUAAAGUGAUUAGGGAUGCACUAGAACGAUUUGAAACUUCCGGGACUUUUACAUCAAUGCAUCAGAUGUUCGUCAAACUCGCGUUACAUUCAUCGUCGUAUGCAUAUGCACUUCCCAUCAUGGAUAAAUUCCUCUACCAAUUUCCUGCCGAUUCAGAACACGCACGCGCCGAACACCCUUUAUGCUCGGUGCAGGCAUCCGAUGAAGUGUUUAUUACCGAUACGUCUGGCUUUUCAAAGGAUUUAACGUACCGGGAUCACCUUCAGUUUUAUUUGUACAGUGCGAUGAUAUAUAUGGCUGUUAAACAAUGGGAUCGGGCAUCCCACUGUUUGAAUAUCGUUAUAUCGUCGCCAACCGCUAACUCGGUUAGCAAAAUUAUGGUGGAGGCGUACAAAAAGUGGAUGUUGGUAAACCUGCUUGGACACGGAAAGCUCCCUCCCACCUCCAGUUUGAUCGCACCUCAUGUGAUGCGGGUUUACCAGUCACUAGCGAGACCAUACAUUUCACUGGCCGAAGCCUUCGAAAAGGGCGACAUGCGAAAGUUGGCCGCCGAGAUCAACAUAGGACGGGCCAUUUGGCGAGCUGAUAACAAUUCCGGGCUCGUGUCUCUGAUAUUUGAGGCGUACGAUAAGUUCGUUGUUAUAAAACUAGGAGUAAUAUUUUCUGCACUCACAAUGCCGGAUGUGUUACAACGGGCCUCACCCUGUUCGAAAGUUUCCCAUGACAUCGAGGAAUUUGUGGUCUCGCUGGUGAUGUCAAAUGAAUUGAAAGCUACCCUUUCCCAUUCGUCGAGCAGUGAGAAUACCACAAUGCUACGUUUCGCCCCGACCACACGGACUUGUGGCCUCCGCGAAGAGUAUAUACGCGCCAGGCUGAUACAGACAAAGCACGCUUUGAGUACGAUUGCCCGAGGAGUAAUUCAGACGGAUCGCACACUGAGGAUUUCGAGUGAGAAUCUCCAAUUCAUAGUUAAUAACCAGACGUGGAAUGGCAACUCGGAGAAAUCCGGCGUGGUGGGUUCUUGCGAGGCGGAUGGUGGUGAUGUUGGCGACAUAGAUGAAGAUCUCAUGGGGAAUGCCUACUAA